GUAGAAACUUCCUUAAAAUAAUCCAUAUAUUUUAGAAUAAAAAUGGGUAGAAAGUCAUGGAGUGAGUUGAAAGAAAGAAGAAAAGGACCUGGAAGGAAGUCAAGGAAGCAAGAACAUCCAGAAGAAAAUAUUCCACAAAAAUUUUUAAGUCCAUCUGAUCGAAAACGAAUAAAUAUUAAAAAGAAAAAAAAGGAGAAAAGUAAAAAAACAGUUGUGAAGGAUGUUGCAGCUGGCCAGGAAAAUGGGGAAAACGAGAUUGUUGAUUUCACAACAAAUGUUGCAUCAAAGACAAAAAUGGGAAACAAAAAAGUUCAGAAGUUGAAGAAAAAAAAGCAAAGCGAUGUGACAAUAUUCGAUUCAGAUAGUGAAAAUGACUAUGAAGAUGGUUUAUAUUCUUCAACAAGAAAUCUUCCAGAAGACACAGAUGAUGAAGAAGAUCAAAUAAAGACUCAGAAGGAAGAAAUAAAAUUGCAGGAUGCAAAAAACAAAUUGAAAGGACAAAAGAAGAGAACGACAUUGGAUUCGUUAGAAAACACUAGUAAAGAAGACAUCAGUGAUGAAGAUGGAGAAGAGAUGGAUAGUGAUGAUGAACUGCCUAAUAAUGAUUUUGGGAGUGAUGUAUAUGAUGAUUCAGAUGAGGUUGAAAAUGAAAAUGACGAUUUACUUUCUGUUCAAAAGAAAAAAAAGAAGUUACAACAUGCUAAUUCACAGUCUAAAGGUAUCUCAGAUGAAAACAAGGAAUGGCUCCGUAUUAAAAACGGUGCAAAGAAUUCAGGAGGACUUAAACCUAUGAUGGAGAGCAGUGAAGAAGAAGAAGAUGAAGAGGGAGAAGAAAUGGAAAGUGAAGAUGACCUGCCUGAUGAUGAUUAUGGCUGCAAUUCGGAUGAUGAUUCAGAUGAGGUGGAAGAUGAAAAUUUACUUCCCGUUGAAAAAAAAGCAAAGAAGUUACAAAAAGCUCAUUCUCAGUCUAAGAAAUUAGCUGAAGAGGAAUUAAAAACGAAUAUUGCAGAGAGCGAGGUAUUUGUGUUGCCUAGUGGUCAAGAAAUUGAGAAAGAAAAUAAUGAAGCUCCAGAUUUAGCUAUUAUUAAUCAAAGAAUCAAAGACAAUAUCCAUGCAUUAAGUAAUUUUAAGAAGUUUCGUCAAAAUGGAAGGAGUCGAAGCGAGUACAUGGAUCUGCUCGUUCGAGACUUGAUGAUCUAUUAUAGUUACAAUGAAUUUCUUAUGGAAUAUUUGAUUAAUCUCUUUCCUGGGGGUGAGAUUUUGGAAUUUCUUGAAGCUUGUGAAGUAAAAAGACCAAUUACCAUCCGGUCAAAUUCUUUAAAAACACGAAGAAGAGACUUGGCACAAGCUUUAAUCAACCGCGGUGUCAACUUAGACCCUAUUGGUAAAUGGUCAAAAGUUGGGCUGGUAGUGUACGACUCGUCUGUGCCGAUUGGAGCUACUCCAGAAUAUUUAGCUGGUCAUUACAUGUUACAAGGUGCUUCCUCUAUGUUACCUGUGAUAGCAUUGGCACCGCAAGAGGGUGAACGUAUUCUUGACAUGUGUGCUGCUCCAGGUGGAAAGACUUCUUACAUAGGAGCACUUAUGAAGAACAGUGGGUGUUUGGUUGCAAAUGACGCUAAGGCUGCACGAUUGAAGUCCUUAAUAGCGAAUUGUCAUAGACUUGGCAUUACCAAUACGUUAGUGUGCAACUAUGAUGGAAGAUCGUUUCCGAAAGUAAUGGGAGGGUUCGAUCGGAUAUUAUUGGAUGCACCAUGCAGUGGAACAGGUGUUAUAUCGAAAGAUGAGCAGGUCAAAAUUAACAAGUCAGACAAAGACAUACUUCGAUGUGCGCAUGUGCAGAAGGAGUUGUUAUUAGCGGCUAUUGAUUCUGUAGAUGCCAAGUCUAAAACGGGAGGAUACAUUGUUUACUCGACUUGUUCUAUAAUGGUAGAGGAAAAUGAAUGGGUUGUUGAUUUUGCGUUAAGCAGACGAAAUGUCAAACUGGUUCCAACUGGUAUUGAUUUUGGACGAGAAGGGUACACGAGGUUCCGUGAACGAAGGUUUCAUCACACUUUGAAUUUGACGCGAAGGUUUUAUCCACAUACGCAAAAUAUGGAUGGCUUUUUUGUGGCAAAAUUCAAAAAAUUCACCAACAAAAUUCCCAACAAUAAAGAUGUCAAAGAAGAAACGUCAUUGGAACUAGCAGUUGAAGACGAGGAUAAUGAAGAAGAACGGAAUAAAGCUGAAAAUAGCGCUGAUAAUGUCAAAAAGCCAAAGAAAAAUAAGAACAAAGUGGAAACGCAACCGCAAAAAAGUAAAAAGCCUAAACGUGAUGUUACGACUAAAAAAGAAGACAUUGUAAAGAGUACUGAAGAAGUAAAAUCGACAGAGAAACCAGUUAAAAGCACGCCAAGACGUGAAAAAGGACAAAAAUCGAAAAAACUUAACCACAGUGGAAAAAAAGAUAAGUUGUCUGAGAAAAAACUAAAUAAACGCAAAAGAAAAAGAGAAGAAGAUGAUGAUGUUGAUGAUGCGGAUGAAUAAACAUUUUUUUAUUUUUUUAAACUAUAUUUUCUUUAUACUGUAUAGAGCUUGCUCAUACAAGAAUAACUUGCUUAAUCCAAGACAAAUA